CUUUCUAGUAAUGAUCUUGACUCUAGUCUUCUUCCAACCCUUAAUCCCUUAUCCUCAACCGCACUAACCCCAAUAUUUUCCACUUUCAACCCCAAACCCUCCAUCAAUGCAACCUAUUAAUACCUACCUCAAUUAUUUAACCCCCCAAUUCCUCACCAAACCCAAAACCCAAAACUUCACUCUCUCUCGCUCUCUCUCUAUUAUUCUUUCAAUUCAAUACCUUUCUUCUUAAUGACGCGCAUGCUCAGAAUUCUCAAAUCUGCCGACAACGCCACGCCGGUGGCAGCGGCGGCUCCGCCGCCGGAGGCGGUGGCCCUGGAGUCCGAUUUCGUGGUGAUUCUGGCGGCUCUUCUCUGCGCUUUAAUUUGCGUGGUGGGACUAGUAGCUGUGGCGCGGUGCGCGUGGCUACGGCGAGGGCCGGGCGGAGGAAACUCGCCGCGGCAAGCGGUGGUGAACAAGGGCUUAAAGAAGAAGGUGCUGCAGUCGCUGCCGAGGUUCGCGUACGUGGACAGCAACCCGAGCAAGUGGGUGGCCACGUCGGAAUGCGCGAUUUGCCUGGGUGAUUUCACCCCCGGCGACGAGAUUCGUGUUCUUCCGCAGUGCGGCCACGGCUUCCACGUGUCCUGCAUCGACAGGUGGCUGGGGUCCCACUCCUCCUGCCCUUCCUGCCGCCAGGUCCUCGCCGUCGCCAGGUGUCAGAAGUGCGGCCGCUUUCCGGCCACCGCCUCAAGAAGCGGCGCCAGCGAGCCCGAAUUGAAGUCCAGAGAAGACAGCAAUGCUGCUUCGAUAAGUAAUUGCAGUAAUAACAACGGUGAUGGCGGUGGAAGUGGUAAUAACGCGAAUCAUCAUCACCAUAGCCACCACUCUGACAGUGGGUUCUUGCCGUGAACAUAGUUUUUGUAUUUAUUAGUUUUUUUCUUUUUACUUUUGUACCUUUUAAUCCCUUCAAAGUUAGUGGAACAAAGAGAUCGGAAUUCUGGCAA